GAUUUGGCCGACAGGCUUGGCGACGGGCAGCAGGGGAAUGAACAUCGAAGGAUCUCUGGCCUGCUUACAACCGUGUGCCAGAAUCCAAUACACCAUGCGGCUAUAUUAGCUACCCUGUGCUUUCCCUAUUGCCCCGAUUGCAAUAGUAUACAGUCUGCGACAAUGGCCGACGCUUGGGACAAUAAAACAAAGGACACGGUCAAGAAAAUCCCGUUCUUGACAGAAAAGGCAGGGCCGAGGGACAAGGAGAAAUGGCAAGCUCGGCUGAAGCAGGAGCUGCACGCGUUAAUUACAUACAUUAAAAUGAACAAGGAGUCCGACACGGACUGGUUCACAAUCCAACCCAACGCGGACGGGACGCAUUGGUCGGGGAAAUGCUGGUACGUGCACGAGCUCAUCAAAUAUGAGUUCGAUUUCCAGUUCGAUAUCCCAGCCACAUAUCCAGACACUGCACCGGAGAUUGAAAUCCCCGAGCUGGACGGCAAGACCGUGAAGAUGUAUCGCGGCGGGAAAAUCUGCCUCACCAUCCACUUCAAGCCCUUGUGGUCUAAGAACAGCCCGCACUUCGGCGUGGCGCACGCGCUGUGCCUGGGCCUUGCGCCGUGGCUGGCGGCUGAGGUGCCGUUCCUGGUGGAGAGCGGCGCCAUCAAGGCCAAGGUGUGAGCGAGGGCCCGUGAGGCGGACAGGGCGGCCGGAGGUCGGGGAAAGGAGAGAGACAGCUGCUGGCUGGGAGGGAGAGAGGCGCGAGCAGCGUGAGAGGCGUGAUGGAGAGGUGGGGGCUGGCGGCAGCUGUUGGCGCCGUAGCUGGGCAGACUGGAUACCCGGAAGCUUCAAGAAAGCACACCAGCACGGCAUUGCAGGGGUGGGACGCCGCCGGCAGCAAGCAGCUGUUAGGUGGGAGCUGGCUUGGCGGGCUUGGCGGAGCUAGGGCGAUGCAGGGGCGGCGCCGCUGUGGACUUGCGGCACCGGGUGCUGCAGAGGCGAGCAGGGUUCUCACGCAGGGUGUCGUACACGGCGCGUUGCCGAGUGUCGUAGGUGCGAUUUGUGGCGGCGCGGCAGACCGCAGGCACGGGCGCCUUGGUGGCAAGGGGGUGAGGGCUUGGCAAGGCGGCUGCGCUGGGCCAGUGGUGGUGCUGGCGGUGCGACCCGGAGGAACGCAUGGGGCAUGACCUGGUGUGUUCGAGCCAGUCCGGCGCGGUGGGCAGAGCCACGCCACCAACAACACAUUUUGCACAACUUGGCGUCACAUGCCAAGAUGCUUUUGUGCUUGCAAACUUGAGAUACGGUAGAGUCGCAGGGAGCAUAGUGCGCAGGCGAAGCUGCGGGGCUGCGAUAUCAGAAUCCGAGGCUACGCUAUGCAUGUGAGGGCUUGAGGGUGAGAGAGUGUGCGCGCGAGACUCCGCGCGAGAGGCAUUACAUGGUGAACGACCCGCACACGGUACUGCUGACUGCAGCCAUCAAGCUGCACCUAAUGAAUGGAAUCUUCCCCA